AUGGAGGACCUCGUCUCACCCAUGCCAGCGACCGAGCCGCAGCCAAAGCUCAUCGUCACGCUGAAGCUACCCGUAGUACACGCGCAGGAACCCGUCCAGACGCAGAUCUCAUCUCGACAGACCCAGACUCCCAGAUACCCUGAGCAAGGCGUGCCUGAUUUCGAUGUGCUGGAUACAUCACCGACGAAGCCUGGUCAUGUAGGGGUGGACUCGCCGCAAUCAUUGCUUGUAUCUUUUCCACUGUCGCCUGCAGCUCGGGAACUCCAGAAUGCCCUUCACAAGCCACCUCGUCCAGAAGUCGCUUCAGCGAUUGAGGUCGGUGCGUGUGCCAUGGCACGCUCGGAUGAUGCGAGGACUACGGCUGGCGCUCCCUCCCAAGACCUUGGACUAGAACCGGAACGAUAUUGCGACAGCCAUACGACAAGUGACCAAGAACUGGGAAAACAGGACAAAGACCAGAUGACGAGCGACCAGAGCGUUGCUAAGGAGCCAGAUGCGGAGUGCAUCAGAGUAUCGAAGCCUCGACCAGCCGAUGAAGAUGCACUGCAGCCCGAUACGGAGGCAGAACCUCUUCAGCAGCGUCAUCACACGCGGGUCUCGAUCUCGAUUAGCGAUUUACUUCGUCCGGCCUCUGAAGAACCACCCGCACAAGACAUGGCAAGCCAACCUAUUGCUAAAGACGCAGAUGUAUAUCCAGCAGCACAGGCAACGAAUAUCCUAUUGAUACCACAAAGUCCGACAUCUUCAAGUGAGGCGGGCACAAGACAUGUGUCUACAAUACCAACUGCAGAUGUGGUGCCACUUUCAGAUGCCCUUAURCAGAAACCCGGCCCAGAGAUGGAUACCCCAGUCGCUGCAGCCGCACCUGCGCCCGCACCUCAAACUCCUCAAACGGCCAAAGUCACUCUCAGGUUGAGUCCAACUGGCAUGGCAAAGGUUUCACAAUUGACCAAAUUACACUCAUCAUCCAAAGAUUGUGGACGAGACCGCAACCCAAGAAGGCAAGCGACCAGGGCGUAUGGCGUGGUCAAGACUCCAGAACGUUCCACACCCAAAGCAAAAGCACGAAAACCACGUGUUGUAUCGGAAGAAGCUGCGGUCAAAGCGAAUCCAAGGAAGCGCGGCGCGCAAGGUAAUGCUGUUCCUGUCACGGCAAAGCGCCCCAAGCUGGACAGCGCGGCUGCAACCACACGUUCUUCUCGCGCUUCCAGUGAGGAGGCGCCAGCUGCCCGGCCCGAGAAGCUUAUCGAAGGUCCAUCAUUUGAGCUGGACCCACUGACUAGAGAGCCACGUCCAAUCCGAGAUGCUAAAGGUGACAGCAUGUACGUCCGCCAGAUGAUCAAGGUCCUGGAAGUGCAGAGCAAGUCGAGGACCAACGACACCGAGAAGGGGCAGUCCGUGACGAUGAAAGCACUUCUGGAGAGGGCCACGUAUGCGCGAGAAGAUGACGCUCUUUUCCUGACCGCGUCGGAGGCGUCUAAGCAUUUGUCACCUGGCAGAUUUUGGAACAAUGUCAUGAUUACAGCAGAACAGCAGCCAUUGCCCCUGCAGACUGUAAAUCAAUUCCUCGACGAAUUCUACGAWGAGGACGUCCAGGUCUGGAUUCAGGACUCCUCGGCUAAGACGAGUAAACAGGCGCCUUCCAUCCGACAAGUCUCUAUCAAGGCUGUCAAGGAGCGCUUGACGUCGGGCCAGACGAGACACCUCAAGCCGUGGAACCUUCUCGAACUCGCGACACACCAUGAAGAUGGUCUCCGGCCAAGAUUCCUUAACAACGAAGACUGCAGACUUCUGACCAAGCUCAAAAUUCCCGCGGCCGCUGACCACACACGACGGAAGACGUAUCCCGUUGGCUUCAAGGAAGUCGAGAAGUGGGCUCUGCUCGCCCAGGCUGGCGCCUUGACAUUACCACAUCAGGAUAGCCAUGGGUACAGCACGUACAUUACGUUGAAUGUGGGGCUGGUAGGCUUCGGCUGGCUCUCUUCGCCAACACCCGAAGUGCGCGCAGAAUGGAACAAGAAGACCCAGAGUUUCAUCGAAGGAACAUGGAGAUAUGUUGUACUCAAGCCUGGGCAGACUGUGUAUUUCCCCGCGGGCACCGUGCACUUCGUCUUUCGCCUACCGUCGGCAGGAAACACACUUGCUUUCGGUGGACACGUGCUGCGAUGUUCCAACAUCGUUCACUGGGUUAAAUGUCUGUUGGAGGAGGUACAGUCGGCCAGUGUCACGAAUGAAGACUUGACAGAUUCCGCAACGGGGUAUCUGGAGCGCGUGGAGAAGUUCGUGACCGAGGCAAGGAAGAGGGGUGAUGUCGAGCGUUGGGGUGGUGAGGAGAGCAUCACGGAAUUCCUGAAGCUCAAGGCGAAAUUCAUGGGGUGGAAGAAGCAGGUCAGCAGAUGA